GCGCCUCCUGCCGUGCAGACAGACCUUCCUGCGCUCUUCCAUGGCACAUCUCCGUCAGCCAGUGUUUCGACUUGUCGCAAAGUGAUGGAGUCUCAUUAAAGCUGGACAUCUCCUGAGCAUCCUGGCCUGGUCUCGGAAUCAUGCGAACUGGAACUUAUAACCCGGCCCUCCUUCUCCUUCUCUGCAUCACUUCACUUGCUUUCUGCGCCCCCGCGCCGUGGACUGGUUCCUUGUUGACGAGAAGUGCUGCCGCUUCGCCGAACAUCGACUCUGAUCCGGCCCCUAGCCUUGACGACGGCUCUCUAGCAUCAGCAGAUGCCUUGAGGGAUUCGGCCUAUCUCCCAGCACAGAUUGGCGGUAUCGUUGGUUCGUACGCCGUUUCCUUGGUGCUGGUCGCCAUCGGGUUACUCGCCCUUUCAAAGCGACGCCGUGAGCACCUGAGAGCGGGCGAAGACCCGGACGCUCUUCUGCUUGAGGCGCCCACCUUCCAGUUUCCAGAUCCUGUCAACAAGUCGGGCGACUAUCAACAGCCCCCCUAUCCUCUCCAAACACCUAAGAGCCCAAACUUCUCAUAUCCGGAUCCACUCAGUCCUACCCGGACAGUGCACACUACCCGGACAGAGAAUACCACCCGGACAGAGCAUACCACCCGGACAGAGCAUACCGGGAUCUCCUCUUACCUCUGCCCCUCGCCGACGUCGACUACUAGGGGCCCGGGUGUUGAUCUCUCGGUCGACCAAGAGAUCGUCGCGCAAGAUAGGAUCAUGGCGCAACAGCAAUUGGAGGACAUGUACAAGUAUGUGAUGGAGCAGGAGGCGGCUAAAGAAGAGGGGAGGGAGUAUACGGGACCAUCCCUCCCACCCCCUCAGCCUAAAGCAGACACACCGACAUCACCACAUGGCAUUUUGAAGAAAGAGAAGAAUAAACCAGCGAACCUGAACCUGGAUCGGGGGGAGAAAAAGCAAUCACGCACAACAUCCAUCCUGUCGGCUCUCAUGUCGCCCCGGAAGAAGAACAUGAAGGGUAUCAGCAUUUCGUCGCCCAUCAUGACCCCCAUGUCGGGAACUUUCCCACGACAAGAAGGCGAGGAGAUGAGCCCAAUCCCGCCACGCCAAUACGUGCCGAUGCCACCACCCCCGGUCCCAUCAAAUCAGCUGCCCUUCCGCCGCAACACAGGCAGCACCCUCCCUCUGACUCCCGAGAUGUCCCCUACCAGUGUGAUGAGUAUCGACGGGCGCUUGGAUGCGGCACUUGCGCAACCCACGGAAACUCGGGAAUCCCGGGCCCCUCUGCAUUCCCGCGACGUCUCUACCGCCCCAAGCUCCAACGCCGAUGGAGACCCGGACUCCGCCGUCUCCACGAACUCGACCACCCCACUUGUGGGCCUGCCCAGCUCGCCUAAGGCGUCCCGGUUCCCCUCCCUGCCUUCGAGCCCCAAGCCGGGCCAGACAUUCCAACGGCCUAACGCGCCAUCUGCCGUUCGUACGGGUGGCUCACUGCCGCUCCGAGCAUAUGAGCCUAGCCUAGCUAGCCCCCGCCAGCAGAACACCACGCAGACAGUUUUCACCCGCGCCAAUCCAAUGUCGCCUGGCCUAAACACGCCCUUCACUGGCAUGGCUGUCCCGUACAGCCCAUACCAGCCGUUCUCUCCCGUCAUACCCAUCACCCCAAGCUUGGUGACCAAGGCCGACCGGAAGCGGAUGAAGAGAAUGGAGCCCAAGACGCCGACCGUUGAGUUGGUGAAGAGCAGUGACGAUAUUUGGUGAACUCGGUGUUCCUGUUCCUCGAUUGCGACGCUCAGCACCCGGGAAUAGACCCGGAGGACUUCUUUUCCCGCCCGGAGGAAUGACAGGAAGGGGGUGCCAUAUUGUUCCUUCCUCUCCGGCCCAGACAUUUAAACCUAGCAAUAUGUAAUUGCUUCCCUCAUUUCUCCUUUCCGUUUCAUUCCUCGUUAUGUUUGGGUAUCGAGGAACAAACAAGGGGCGGCGCCGCGAGGCCCGGGCACUUCGCCUUUAUCUGGCCAUGAUGAUGCACGUAGUCCAGAUGUAGUUGCUUGAAAUGCUUCCUUGGAUCGGUAUCUCUGGCCUGGCUUUGCGGUGUUUUUUAUUUAUUUU